UUCUCCCAAAACAACAUAAACAAAUUCCAAACAUAAUAUUAUUAUCUUGAAUCAUUAAUAUUCAUGAAGAUAAACACUUGUGCUCUCUUUCCCUGUUUUUUGACGCUUAUAACAUUUGUGACGGUUUUUAUCAUAACAAUAAAAGAGCCAGAAUAUCUUUCUGGCACAAAAUAUAGUAUAAGUGUCAUAAAUGGGUUUUCAAAUAACUCAUCUUUACCGCUUGUAAUAUGGUGUGAGUCCGAAGAAAAUGACAUGGGUGGUCGAGCUUUACAAGAAGGCGACGAUUAUAGUUGGAGUCAAAGCACCGGAUUUUUGGGCGUCGGAAUUAGUCGAGUAUUUUGUACGAUCAAAUGGGAAAGUGUCAGGAAAGUUUUUGACGCUUUUCAUUUUGAAAGAGAUAUUCAUCGUUGUAGUCCUUUUAAGAUGUGUGUUUGGUUGGUUAAGGAAGAUGGUUUCUAUUUUAGUAAUGAUGGUUUGCUCUUUCAAAAGGAUUUCUCAUGGAUGUAAAUGCAAAGUAUAAUAUUGGUUUGUUUAUUAUACUUCAAUUAAUAGUGAUAUUUUUCUGAAGAAUAUCUCUUU